AUGUCAGAAGUAGCGGUCCUCCGCGAGGAACUCUCUAACUUAAGGACUCGGCUGGAGACCCUUGAAUCAAGACUUACAAUGAUACCUUCGGCUCCCAUCCAAUUAUCAAGUCAACUAUCAAGUUGCAGACUGGCGAAAAGCAAGGAGAAGCCAGUAGAAGGCGAGGAAGCGAUCUCGCGUGUGUCAUUUAAACACCCAAGGAAGUCUAGCUCAUAUACAAAGACGGAUUCUCAAACGCUCCGUAGUUGCUCCUUCAAAGUUAUGAGGCACCUCAUCAACAUAGUAGAUCUCUCGCAUGUUGAAGACGUUGCCAGCAGGCCGAAGAAAGUACAGAGUAAUGUAUACACCUCACAUGAUUCAACUACGUUUUGUUCUCCAGCUACAACAAAUCCUAAGACUAAAUCAAGGAUGCCAUCGCGGAAGGCUGUAGCUCCAUUGAGUCAUCGAAAGGAGUCUCUUGUCUUGGCUGACUCGCUUCAUCCGACUACUGACUUGCAAGCACCAGAGACAAAGUGUACCAAGAAAGACAGCUCGCGCAAUCCAAUUGCCUCGAUUUCACCAGCAACAAAGUCGAAAGCCUCAACAGAACCAAAGAAAAUGAUAAGCUUGCCACUGAAGGAGUCGACAGUUCGGUUGACUAUGGAACCAAAAUCGAUGGCGAAGCGUCUUACACCACAUAACAACCCGGAAAGUACUCCCAGUACAAGCUCUGCAACCCCCUGUUGCUUGCCUCCGAAAGGACCUCACCAAGUCAAGCUCUCAAACGACUUGCCUACUGAAGACAAAGGAGAAAACUGCAACAACUCCCAAGCUACAGCUGAGAUUUCUACUGUCACAAGGACACCAGGAAACAUCCUGCCCAAAGUUUUGGCAUAUGACAACCUCCAACUUCGCUGUGGAAGAUUCUCACUCCUCAAGCACGACCCUGCUAUGCUAGAUCUCCUGCCAAUAUCAGUCAAAGAGAAAUGA